GCCAGCCACGGGUGCACCAGCCUAGCCAUAGGGCUUGGACAGGAAACUAGAAUCUCCAACAGCCCGGCCCACAGCCUGGGGAAGAAGGAAAAGAAAGCUCUACUAACUGGAGUGGUUGAUGGAAGUAGGAGUGGAAACUAGAAUAAGGGCCUUUUUUUUUCUACCAUCAACACUCCUCACUAGGUGGUGCCCUGAGCGGACCUAGAAGUUUCCGACCCUUCGGUUCUGGGCCAUGACCACACUGAGCUUCAAGCCGAGUCAGCGCUUCCGGCUGCCUGACUGGCACACCAACAGCUACCUGUUGUCCACCAAUGCGGAGAGGCAGCGAGAUGCAUCCCAUCAGAUCCGCCAGGAGGCCCGGGUCCUCCGCAAUGAGACCAACAACCAGACCAUUUGGGAUGAACACGACAACAGGACUCGCCUGUCGGACAGGGUUGACACUGUCAACCGGUGGAAGGAGAUGCUGGACAAGUGUCUGACGGACUUAGAUGCUGAGAUUGACAACCUGACUCAGAUGAAGGAAUCCGCAGAGCAAAACCUGCAGGCCAAGAACCUGCCUCUGGAUGUGGCCAUUGAGUGCCUGACCCUGCGGGAUAGCCGGCGAGACAUUGACGUGGUGAAGGACCCUGUGGAAGAAGAGCUGCAUAAGGAGGUGGAGGUCAUUGAGGCCACCAGGAAGGCCUUGCAACAGAAGAUCAGCCAGGCCUUUGAGCAACUCUGCCUCCUGCAGGAAGUCAGACAGCAGCUCAACACAGACCACCGAGGCAAAAUGGAGACACUAGAGAUCGACCGUGGCUGUCUCUCACUCAACCUCAAUUCCCCAAACAUCUCCCUGAAAGUCAACCCCACACGUGUCCCCAAUGGCUCCACCACACUGCAACAGUGGGAUGAGAUAAGUCAGUACAACAAGAGCCACGCCGAGGCCGAGAUGAAAGCAGCCAUCGAGCUGAGGGAGGCCAUCACCCUAACUAUUGCUCAGACCAACAAUCAGCUUGAGGCCCAGAGGGUUGCAACAGAAUUUGCCUUUAGGAAGCGCCUGAGGGAGAUGGAGAAUGCUUAUAGCGAGCUCAAGUGGCAAGAGAAAAAUACCUUGGAGGAGAUCGCAGAGAUGCAGGAGGACAUCCGGCGCCUGGAGGAGGAUCUGCACAGAAAGUUGAUGAACCUGAAGCUGGCACAUACCCGGCUGGAGUCCAGAACGUACCGGCCCAACGCGGAACUAUGUCAGGACCAGGCACAGUAUGGCCUCACAGAUGAGGUCCACCAGUUAGAGGCGACCAUCACUGUCCUGAAGCAGAAACUGGCCCAAGCCCAGGAUGCGCUGGAUGCCCUGUACAAGCAUCUGGCCCGGCUGCAGGCUGAUAUUGCCUGCAAGACCAACUCCAUGCUGCUAGACACCAAGUGCAUGGACACACGACGCAAGCUAACUUUGCCGGCAGAGAAGUUCGUGCCUGAGGUGGACACCUUCACCCGGACCACAAACCGCACGCUGAGCCCACUCAAAUCCUGCCAGCUGGAGCUGGCCUAGUUUUGGGUGACUGAGAGAGGAGGAAAAGAAAAAUGGGUAGGAAAUGGGGAGGGAGCAGUGAACCUAAUAAAGAUGAAA